GUAGAACUGACGCGAUGGUGGAAUGGAGAUAAGGUGCCGAAAGCGAAAUGGAUCAACUUUUUGGAAGGAGUUGUGGCCAAUCUACAGCUUCUGCCGGGCGCCGAAUCACUCUCUCCGUCAGUCUGUGACUCUGUGCUUGGAUCCCUGGAUCGGUCAGUAUCAGUUGCAUCGGUGCCACUGCUUGCAUCGGCCAUUGGCGCAAUCAUCGAUGCUAAUCGUAAAAAGUACGAAGAAGAACGAGCGACACUGUACCAAUAG